CCGUAAAUCUAUGGUUCAUGUAGAAAAUGAUUCCAAAUCCAAAUGAAAAUAAGGAUUUAUUGCAUAUAUUUAUUAUUUUAAGAGUAACCGUAACAUAAAUUCAACCAUAUGACAUCAAGAACUGAACCUUCUAUUCCUACUAGUUCCGAAUUUGUUGCAAAAAAUGAAUGGAUGAUAAGACCUAGCUCUGAAUAUGAGAGCGAAUACAAAGAAUGCUCUUCCAUUAAAGCUAGAAUUAACCAAUACUUCAUUUUUGGGAAACCUAUUGACUGCUCAAAUUGGAAAAGAAACUCUAUAAACGCUGCUAAAUGGGAAGAUUCAAAGGAUGAGAAAGCAGCAGUAGAAGUUAUCACCAAUGAGCAACAAAGAAGAAAAGAAAGAUUGAUGUCCCAAAUUAAUAACGACGUUUGGGAGAAAAGGAGCUCACCACCUGAAAAUUGGAAUGCUCCGCUGCCCGAUUAUAUACUUCAAAACUAUAAAAAUUCCUAUUUACAUUUUAAAGCCAUGGAAUGGAGAGGAGAAGCCAGUCGUACCACUGAUUUCACUGCCCCUAGUCUAUGUACAAUAUUAUAAUGUCAGUUGUUUUCUGCUGAAUAGUAAACAAUUUUAGUUGAAAUCA